CGGGUUUCCUUCGACUCGGCAUUUAAAAUGAGCUGCAGGACAUCAGCUGCUGCUACAUUCAACACUGUGCUGUGACAGAAAAUAACUCGUGGCAUUAACUAAACAGAGCACUCGUAUUUUUGACAAGAAAACAGCAGAAAUAAUUGUUGGUUCCGAAGAGGUGUGGGUGAUUUUGUGGACUGAAGACUGGGAGCAGUUGAACAAUAACGGUGGUUGCGCUGUCACAGCCGAUCGGUGCAUCAUUUUUGGGAUUCCUCUGCUAGCUAUUGGACGAAAUUGAAUAGCGGUAACGUGAUGUUGUGCAUCAGCAGCGUGAUUUAGGCUUUUGUGGGCAGUGUUUAUUUACCGAAAUAUAUUGGUAAACAAAAACAGAAUCACCGAAUGCAAUGUUGUUUUUGGCUCAGGAGCUUUAAGUGGCCUGGACCUGUGAGGAUCGGUGGACUCAAUGAUGAGAGUGCAGAAGGGUCAGGUGUAAAUUCAGAUUUAAAGAUACAACAAAUUACAUUUUUUUAAGUUGUAGUUAUUAUCAGAGACACAGUCUUAAAGUAGCCUUCAGCUGGACUCAGUAUAACGUCAAUAACAUCAGUCCACACCCAUUCAGUGUGAAUGGAGACUAAGACUGACUUUAACUGUUAUUUCUACUAUUUUCCCCUGAGACAGAUGUGAGGAAAAAGUCUUUUUGGUUGCAUUUCCUGUUAAAUAUAAUCUGGAGAAAACAAUAUAGAUCAUCUUUAAUGUUUAUAUAUAUUUAUAUAUCAUUUUCUGCUUGACGAAUAACCUCUCAAUCAGAACAACAGAAUAAGCAUCUUUGAUCAGUUACACCUAUUGAAGACUUCACAGUUCUGACAUUAAGCAAUCAGCAAACAUGUUCAGCUGGCUUGGAACCGAUGACAGGAGGAAGAAGGAGCCAGAAGUCUUUCAGACAGUCAGUGAUGGUCUUAAGAAGCUCUACAAAACCAAACUCCUGCCACUGGAGGAGAGCUACAAGUUUCAUGAAUUCCACUCUCCAGCUCUGGAGGAUGCAGACUUUGACAACAAGCCUAUGGUCUUACUGGUGGGACAGUACUCCACUGGCAAGACGAGCUUCAUACGCUACCUGUUGGAGCAGGAUUUUCCUGGAAUGCGAAUCGGCCCCGAACCCACCACGGAUUCCUUCAUUGCGGUGAUGCACGGCGACACAGAAGGAGUUGUACCUGGCAACGCUUUGGUGGUUGACCCCAAGAAGCCCUUCAGAAAGCUGAACGCAUUUGGAAACGCAUUCCUCAACAGGUUUGUGUGUGCCCAGCUGCCUAAUCCAGUGCUGGAAAGCAUCAGUGUGAUUGACACACCAGGGAUUCUGUCAGGAGAGAAACAGAGAAUUAGUAGAGGCUAUGACUUUGCGGCUGUCUUGGAGUGGUUUGCAGAGAGGGUGGACAGGAUCAUAUUACUGUUUGACGCCCACAAACUGGACAUCUCGGAUGAGUUCUCAGAGGUUAUAAAGGCCCUGAAAAACCAUGAGGACAAGAUCAGAGUUGUGCUGAACAAGGCUGACCAAAUAGAGACCCAGCAGUUGAUGAGAGUGUAUGGUGCCCUGAUGUGGUCACUGGGGAAAAUAGUCAACACUCCUGAGGUGAUCCGUGUCUACAUUGGUUCAUUCUGGUCCCACCCUCUGUUGAUUCCAGACAACAGGAAGCUGUUCGAAGCAGAGGAGCAGGACUUAUUUAAGGACAUUCAGUCUUUACCAAGAAAUGCUGCACUUAGAAAACUCAACGAUCUUAUCAAAAGGGCCAGACUAGCCAAGGUCCAUGCCUACAUCAUCAGCUCGCUGAAGAAAGAGAUGCCCUCUGUGUUUGGAAAGGAGAACAAGAAGAAAGAAUUGAUUGCCAGUCUGGGAGAUAUUUACAAACGCAUAGAGAGAGAGCAUCAGAUAUCACCUGGAGAUUUUCCUAAUCUGAAGAAGAUGCAGGAUCAGCUCCAAGCUCAGGAUCUCAACAAAUUCCAGCCUCUGAAACCCAAGCUCCUGGAGGCAGUGGAUGACAUGCUGGCCAAUGAUAUCGCUAGCUUAAUGGUCCUGGUUCGCCAAGAAGAAACCCAGCGUCCCAACCCAGUUGUGAAGGGCGGUGCCUUCGACGGCACUUUGGAUGGCCCGUUUGGCCAUGGGUACGGUGAAGGAGCUGGCGAAGGCAUCGAUGAAGCAGAGUGGGUCGUUGCACGUGACAAACCUGCUUACGAUGAGAUUUUCUACACGUUGUCUCCUGUCAAUGGAAAGGUGACAGGAGCCAACGCCAAGAAGGAAAUGGUGAAGUCAAAACUUCCCAAUACAGUGUUGGGAAAGAUCUGGAAGCUGGCAGAUAUCGAUAAGGAUGGUAUGCUCGAUGAUGAGGAGUUUGCGUUGGCCAAUCACUUGAUAAAAGUGAAACUGGAGGGACAUGAACUGCCAUCGGAACUGCCUGCACACCUGGUGCCUCCUUCCAAGAGGAAAAUACCAGAGUAAAAGUAAGAUUAUACCUUCCUCCAAAACCUUAAAGUAGACCCUCUUCAUCCCCUCAGAGCAUAAUAUUCCAUUUAAAAUAGGACUAUUCCUGUAGAAUUAUAGUUAGAAAAACAUAAAAAUGAAACCCCAUAUCCAGCUCCUGAUUCAACUCUGUUGCUGUCAGCGUUGCUUCAGUCUUUCCUUCUUUUCAAGAGGCAAAUAUUAGAGCAAAAUAUUCAGUUACGUUAAAAUAGUGGAUGCUAAGUAACUGACUCAAUUGUUACGUUUCUGCAGUGCUGAAAUGGCUUUUAACAUGGUAGAAAAACUGGAUCGUGAUGAUUUUUCUGAAGAAAGUCUUUGGUCCAGUAUCUUCUUUUUGUAUUUAAGGGUGAAAUAGUGGGAGUUGUUAGAUUGGACAGAAGAUUAGUAUGGGAAAAGAAAUAAAAGUCUCAAACAAGAAACACUGGAAUAUAACAAAAUGUGAGUUGGUCUGAACUACUGGAAAAAAAUGGGGGAGAUGCACAAACGUGAAAAGAGAAAGAAAAAUAUGACCAAAACUUUUGUUGGACUUAGGGAGAGGAAAGACUGGGAUAUAAAAAUACUCGUCAAUAUCUAUGAUAGGAACCAUUAUUAUACCAACUGCAAUAUUCCACACAACCACCAAAACAAACUCAGUUCUUACAUUCUGCAUUCUCUGUUUUCUUGGCACUACUGUAUAUUGUGGCUUUUGUUCUAUGGCGACAUCUUAUGAAGAGCUACAAAGACUUCCUAGCAGGUGGCCUGAGAAUACAUGCAAACGCAUACUAAGGUGUCAAAGGAAACACACACAGACGCACAAACUCAGAAAAUGAAUACUGAUUACAUGGUUUGCAACCAGAAAGUGUGGAGCAGUGCAACACCUCUGAUUUUCAUUAAAAAAAAAAAAAAAAAGUACUACAUCAACUUCUAAAGUUGAUGCGCUGAUGUUGAUAUUCGUAUGUGUGUGUGAGGUGGAGUUUAUGACAUCCCCAUCAUUUACCGGAGCAGCUGGAUUGAUGAGGAAAAUGUUUCUCUAAUGGGAAAUAAGCAGGAGAGAAAUUAAGGAUGAUGAGUUUUAAAUAGUUCUAAACAUCAUUAACAUGAUUGCAAAUUACUGUGACUAUAAUAUGAAACUAUACAGCAUAUAAUGGGUUUGUUUGGACAAGUGAGUGUGCUGACAUUCUCAGUAUAAAUGUAUUGUAAGGACUUUGAAUGUUGAAUGCGCAGAUGCUCGCUGUUCUGUGUGGGCACAUCCUGACUAUUGUAUGUAAGAAUAUGACCACAUGUAUCAGUGUAUCAGUAUUUGUAGCAUAUCUGUGUUAAGUCUUUAGUCUUUAAGUCUUUGCAUUACAGACUACCAAUUCAGGAGUAUUCCAGUGGGUUAAUAACUGAAAACAUUUAGGGAGAUGUCUAAUCUAACCCGUGAGUCCAGAGAGUGCACGCACAGCUUAUUAUGUGACAAUAACAAAACACUAAUUGACACAUUUUUUAGUUCUUUCUGACUUUCCAUUUCAUUCGUUUAAAUCAUAUACAUGUAAUAAAUGUAAUCCCUCUUUGAGGUGUUUCUGAUUUACUAUAUGCCAGUAUGUAUGUGUAUAUACUUCACAUUAGGACCCUGUUUGCAGUUACCAGUCGUUUGCAGUUACCAGACUAAACUUACUAAAUUAGGGUUCCCGUAUGAUGAGUUCAUGUUCAUGUUUUACAAAUGAUACGCCAUUCACCCACAGAAUUGACUUUACAGAAAUAUUACCAGUUUAUAGCCCCUUUGUGCCCCUUUGCCGUGUGUGACUCCGUGCUGUUGCUGUGAACAUACCUGUACAUAAUAAGACUCUCUGCAUUCCAUGAACACAGACUGGAAAAUCAUCUGCGUCCAUCUUGGGUGCUUGAUGUGUCACUGGCUCAUAUUAGAAGGUGAAUCCGCUCAGAAGAAACAUUAAAAUGCUUGUUGAACGUGGAGUGGUUGCAAAACAAAGUCCUUCAGAUUCACAAGUGGUUUUUCUAACCUGACAGACUGCAACGUGAAGUCCUGUGUACUGGUAAAGUGGAAACACUGGUGUCUUGUCUUUUUUGGGUGGGUUUUUGGCAGGGGGAGGGGUGGUUCCUGUGUGUUUUAAAAUGGUUAUGCAUUGCAAAGUUUGUACUUCACUGCUUUUCUGUCAGCAUAAACAGCAGUCCAAAAGUGUAAUAAAAAUUCAUUUACUCAA